AUGAUUUUACUAAGCAGCUUUUUGCACCGGCACCGCGGCCCCUUCACAGCGCUGGGGCUGGGCAGGGCGCCCUGCUCGGGAGCCCGGGCGUGCAGUGCCAUGGGCAGGCCCCUGCGCGUCUUGGUGGACAUGGACGGGGUGCUGGCCGACUUCGAAGGCGGAUUCUUAAAGAAGUUCAGGGCCAGGUUCCCAGAGAAGCCGCACAUUGCCCUGGAGGAUCGCAGGGGCUUCUGGGUGUCGGAGCAGUACGGCCAGCUGACCCCUGAGCUGAGUGAGAAAGCAAUCAGCAUAUGGGAGUCAAAGAAUUUCUUCAUUGAGCUGGAUCCAAUCCCAGGGGCUGUGGAAGCCGUGAAGCAAAUGGCUAAGUUGGAAAACACUGACGUGUUCAUCUGCACAAGCCCGAUCAAGAAGUACCGUUACUGCGCUUAUGAGAAGUACGCCUGGGUGGAGAAGCAUUUUGGCCAAGAAUUUCUGGAGCGGAUUGUCCUAACGCGAGAUAAAACUGUGAUCUCUGGCGAUCUGCUUAUAGACGAUAGACCAGAUAUAACAGGAGCCGAGCCGAACCCCAGCUGGGAGCACGUUCUCUUCACAGCCUGUCACAAUAAGCACCUGCAGCUGCAGCCCCCCAGCAGGAGGCUCCACUCGUGGGCCGAGGACUGGAGGGCGAUCCUGGACAGCAAACGGCCACCACCCAGCCAGGCCAUUUAAAGCGACAGGCUCCUGAGGCUGCCCCCUUAGCUGAAUGGAGCGCUCUGUGGUGUCCAGCUCCGGGCUGAAACCCACAGACAGACAACCGUGCUGGGCAGAGUAAGGAGCGGGGCCCUGGCAGGGAGAACAGGGCCAAAGGGGGAUCGUGUUCAUUAAGCUAGAGGCCACUGGGCCAUGUGUGACUGGGCCGCCAUGAAGCAACAGAAGGAUUCUGGGCCCAUCCCACUACAGGAAGCCCUGUCUACCGUGUGUCUCUUUUGCGCCCAGCUCUGUUUAUCUAAGUGGCAUCUUAGUAUUGGCGUCUGUAGCCACUGGUGACCCCAAAUGUAGCGUCUCCGAUGGACUCACCUCUCCGCUUGUUACCCGGCGUCCCCUGGACCCGCUUAGUGGUGCAGAUUAACUUUUAAAUACGCCCCCAUCUGCAUUGAGUUGGAACACUGGAUCAGCAGUCAGUACUGUCCUAGGGUUUGCCCUAGAGGACUGUCAAAAUCCUUCUUCCUCCACCCAUCCAGACGCAGAGGAGCGGUCUUCCCUUCCCUCAGUCCCCAGCCCAGCUCUUCUUCGUUCUUUGGCUCACCUGCUGUCACCACUCCAAGGGGAGCAUCUUCCUGCAGCAGCGUUUGCUUUUCCUCACAGCUGUGAAUGUGCCUGCCGGGACUGCCUUGCAGGAGUGCAUGGGGGAGCAUUGUUAAACCAGGUGCAAAUCAGGGUCACGUUACUGAUUGGAGGACUGGGGCAACCCCACUUCGAUCAUCGGGGACCCGCAUCAGCUCUGCUACUCUGAGAGGCUCAAACUGAUUUUGGCUGUAACCCGGCAGCACCGUCUUUAGAAAGAGCUCGGAUGGCAGCCGUGCAUUGGCGGGGGUCACUGGAGGGGGAGAUGAGCUUUCACAACUUCUCCCUCAUUCCAGACGAGUGAGGCAACGGCUCUGGCCCAACAUUUACUUCCCCUAUAGAUCAGAGGUGGUGGAACAAGCCACACCCCCUGGCUUGAAGUGGUUUCCAUUGUACACAGGGUUUACAGUUCAGUUCAAUGGCCACCACUAUAAAAAUUGUUCCAGGGCCCCUGCAAUAGAUAAGAGAUUGGGGAGCCCCUAAUUAGCUUGAAGUUAUCCAUGGGCUAUCACUUCCCCUCCCCCCACAGUGGUUUUGGAGGCUCUUCUCCCCUACUCAAGACAUAACUCCUGGGAUGGUUGGGGUACUUCAUCACAGCUGUUAACUCCAGAGUGCAGCCCCUUGACUUGAGAUGGUCCGUGUCACACGGCUGGCCGGCCUCUCGCAGCUGUGCGGCACAUCAGGGAUCAUUGUUCAGCCCAAGCACCAACAAGUGGCUCUGCCAUCCCAUUAAUCCUUUCCCCAGAGGCUGGCUAUUCGGAAUGGGGCAAGCUAAUGGGGCUGAGAAGAGAGAGGUGGAUAAAAUAGGCAUGGUCUAGCCCGAGAGGUGCGGUUAACAGCCCGAGCACAGGAUGGGGAGCCAGGAACUCAUGGGUUUUCGUCCUGGCUCUUCCACUGAUCCCCUCUCUAGUUACAGGCAAAUCACUUUGCCUCCCUGUGCCCCCGCUUGUAUAAUGGAGAUGUCAAUACCUCUCGGGGUGACGAGGGGCUGGAACAACAGCCAGCGUCUAAAUCUUUGAGGUGUGUAGGCUAUUUCCUACGCACAUUGGGAAGGGGGGGGGGAGGGGAGGAGCUACGCUAAAAGACAUUGCGGUAGCCACAGUUCAUCACCGGGUGCCCGAGUGUACUCUUUGGGACUGAAAUAUCGACCAGCAGCAGAGUUCGGAGGGCCCAGUGACCGUACGCAUUGAUAAAGCCAGAGCCUGGGUGGGCCUCAGCAUUGGAGUUCCACAGCAGAAUGGACAGAACCUGCCAUUGCAGUUGGAAGAACCAAAAGCUCAAGGCUGCGCUAGUUGGUACCUCUCCUCCCUCCAUCAGACAUCCAGAGAGCAGAGGGCCCUGCCAACACCACAGACCUUUACUACAGACCUGCUGCUUCAGAGAGGGGCUUCGUUAAGUGGUGCAGAGCGAUCUCGGAAGCCCCUUCCCUCUGCCAGGCUCAUCCUGCUCUGUGUCCGGAGCAUAGAUUACCACUCCUGAGACCCACGGGCAUUGCCUCCUGCCAGCGGAGUCCGGCUGGCCAGCCUGCACAUUCCAUGCGAUACUCCUGGCAGUGAAAAGGAGAACCUCCCCCCACCCCCCAGGAAUGGGACCUGUGGGUUCCCCUAAGCUAAAGGCUCCCAGGCAGGAGGGCAGCCAGGUGUUUGCAACUCUUGGCCCUUUGCCUGCAGCAAUCACUCUUCCUGCGAUCAAUCUUCGCACAUUUGGAUUCCCCACCUCUCUCCUUAGCAAGGCUGUGAAAAGCAGGUAAAGCCCGAAUGGUGCAUGAAUAAACUGUGUCACUGAUUACUGCGCAGUUGGCGUCAGCGCGUACCAAGGUCUCUAGGACCUGGACGUUGCACUGAACAAAGAUGAUGCUUCAGGAUUUUGCCCUUCCUCAGCUUUUACCGCUGGGGCCAAACCCUAAGCUGUCGUGGGGAGCCAUAACUGCCGCUCUCCUUGGAUUGCGAACGCUCACGUCUCCUGGGGUUUGGGCCCCUGUCUACAAUGGGAGUUCUGCCUGCCUGAGGGAGGGCUGCAGGAUUAGGUCCAGCUUCUGUGUGUUACAGACUGGAAGGGCUGUCUUAAAAUUUAAACCACUGUGUACGCUCUUGGGGUGACCAGCCUGGGGCCCAGCGAGGUUGAGCGGAGAAUAGUCUGGUUUUACAAUAACUUCUUGGGAUUCAAGGCUUUGAAUCCUGAACUGCUGAGAGAGAUCUAGACAGCUGCUGCUCAGUCCGAGCAGUCAUUUAUCAGCGACGUGCGGCAGACGAGCGUAGCUGGUGGUACCUCGCCCUCCAAGGGCAUUACAUUUUUUUCAGCACUGUGUUUGUUUUGUUAAUUGUCCCAGUUCUCCCUCUCAGUCCCAUCCACACCUCUGGGCAAUGCUGUUAUCAGGAAGGGGGUUCUAGGGGGAGGAUAGAGCUAACCGGAGUGACAGCUGCUAUUCAGCAUUAGGGCCCUAGCAGAGGCUGGAUUGGAUGUUGUGCUAGGCUGGGAGUGUGACGUUGCUUUCUCCUUGGUUGGUUAUUUUUUCCACUUUUGAGGACAUAAUAUUAAGAGUGAAAUCAGAAAAGCUGGUUCAGGUUGGUCCUGUCUUACAGCGACGGCACUUGGAAGAGG